GCAGUUCGCCUCCGCGUCCCGCCUGCGAUUGCGUGUGCUCGCCCGCGCUGCACUGUCCCGCGCUGGAGUGCCGCUGCCCAGGCGGCUUGGGUGCGGUGACCGCCGCCCCCUCGGAGGCCGAGGCCUCGGGCUUGUCGGGCACCGCGCUGGGCACCUCGCUGCUCCUCGGCGCGCUGGGCGGCUGGUCACUCGCCUGCUGGGCCUCGCGCUGCGCGGCGCCCUCGACUCGGGGUAAGCCGUUCGCGCUGGAGGCGGACGUGCGCACGACCGACUUGGCAGCGGAGGUCAACGUGGGCGGCCUUGCGAUCUACCACGAGCGCUUGACGCUGUUGCCUGGGUACAUUCUCACGCCCGACGGCGAUGACUAUGCCGAGGUUGCCAUCCCGAAUCGCGACAUCCGAUCGAUUCACAUUCUCAGUGGCCAAGGUGAGGGGCUUCCAGGGAUACCGCCUCAGCAUCUAUAUCAGUUUCGACAGCUGCCUCGGGCCGCUGAGGUGUGGGCGGCGCUUCGCCGCGCGACGGCCCAGGGGUUCGGAGCGACGCCUGCGUCGCCGUUCUGCAUCGACCUGAGUGCCACCAACGUGCUGGGAUUGGCCGCUGGGGCGCUGCCGCUCCCCGACCCUGUAGCCGUCGCGCCUGGCGCGGGCGCCGGGGCCCUGGCGCCUGCGGGGGGCCCAGGGUUGCCAGGCGGCGCCGCCCCCGCGGCGGGCGCCCCGCCGGCUGCUGGUGCCGCCGCCGCGCUGCCCGCCCUCGGCGGCUCUGCAGCUGCUGGCCCCCCUGCUGGAGCUGGUGGUGUCGGCGCCCUGGCGGCCGCCCUCGGUGGCGGAGGAGCUGGGGCGCCAGCCGCCGCGGCUCCAGUGCCUGGUGCCGCGCCCGCCGCCGCUGCGCCGCCUCUCGGCGGAGACCCGCGGGCGAUGGCGCUGGUGCUCGACGGCCGCGGCCUUCGGGGCAUCGCCUUCAGCGACGCGGUGAAGCUGCAGACGGAGACGGUGAGGGCCGACUGGCCAGUCAAAGGAGAGUCCGACGAGAACGUGAAGCUCCACGAGACCUUGUGCCGCGUGAUAGAGACCGCCCUCUGCCACGACCAGCUGGUGAUAUGCGAGCUGGCCUCUUACGAGUACCUCGCCCGCCAGUUUCAGUUGGUAGAGGAGCGCGCGUUCGAGGGGCGCGCGCGCAGGAGCCAGCCCGCGCCGAAGGCCAAGGCUCAGGCCAAGGAGCUCGCGGCUGCGGGCUUCGGUUCAGAGGUCGGCCACUUCCUCGACGCAGGAGAGACGAAAGGGAACUUGUGCAUCUGUCCUGCUUUGAUGGAUUGGAUCGCCGAUCAGAUGAAGAUGGGCCUCACGAGCCUGUUCCCGUCCCUCGUGGGCCUGGCCAGGAUUGCCCAGAGGCCCUCGUGCCUCCGCCUGGUCUGGACGCGCCCACACGUGGUGCCGAUCGCCAGCGCGACGUUUUUCCGCUACCUCGUCUUCCUGUGGAUGGGCGCCGCCAUCUUCCGCUGGGCCGUGCUGCUCGUCUGCGCGCUGCCAAAGGUGCGGGCUGGCGCUCUCAACUGGCUCCAUAGUGGCCGCGACGCGGAGCACCUCCCGCAGGUCGGUGGCGACCCGCCCGCCGUGCAGGCUGCCUCGGCGGACUACCUCUCGAGCCUGUAUCGAGAGUUCGAUCUGCCUGCCGCCUACUCGGAGAGGAGCAGCGCCUGCGAAGCAUCCCUGGUAGAGAUGCUCGCUCAGGCUCCUGGCUACGCUGGUGACAGCGGUCGGGCCCGCCCCUGCAGCCAGCCUCUCGUGGCCUGGCCCAAGUCGACGAAGGCUGUGUCCACCUCCGACGUCGUCUCGGAUGCCGACUCCAUCGUGCUGCAGGGCUGGAGGCAGACCAUGCUGAAUUCCGAGUCGGUUGCUGCGGAGCUCCGCGGCGCGCUGUGCAUUCAGCGCCCGUGCGUCGAUCCCGAGCUGCGCUAUCCGCCUAAGUCUUACGCCCAGUUUUUGAAGCAGCUGGAGGCUCACGACAUGAUGCCAUGGAGGGCCACCAGUUCUCAGUCUUCUCACACAAUCGGUUUAUUCUUCGUGGAGAAAUCCAAUCACAUGCUUAGGCUCGUGUUCGACACUAGGCUGGCUAACUGCAGCUUUGCCACGCCGCCAGCCACCAAGCUUCCCACGCCCAGUGCGCGGGCCAGUGUCGAUUGCGACGACAGCUUCGUUUUUGCACAAGGCGAUAUUCAAUGUGCCUUCUACCACUUGCGCCUGCCGCCAGGGAUGGAGUCGCUGUUCUCGCUGCCCGCGAUCUCCAAUCGUCACAUCGGCCUCGCAUUGAUUAAUGGGAGGCCCGUCGGUAUCCACGAUUUUGUGCAGCCGUUGGUCACAGUUGUUUCCAUGGUUUGGAGCUGGGCCCUUCACUUUUGUCAGAGCGCCCUCGUUCGUGCCUUAACCGACGCUGGAUUCGACAGUGGUGGCAUGAUCGUGGACGGAG